AUGGCUCUGGAGUCGCGGCAGACCAUGCCGAUGUCAAACCCGCAUGAUCCGGAAGCCAUCGAUAUGCGCCUCGGCGAUCAUGAUCAACAGGAGGAGCUUCAACCCUUCCUUGUUAGCGAAGAAGCCAAUCAACAACAGCAGCUUCCUCUGCGGUUUUUAAGGCGACUUUCACGAACGUGGCGCGAGGCACAAGCGAUGAUUACUUCUGAGCACGGCGUUGGCAUCUUCAAGUGCAGCCUUGCGUACCUCCUCGCAUCCCUGGCGGUUUUCAUACCGUUUGUUGGAAAGCUUCUAGGUCAGCAAAAUGGGAAACAUCUGGUAGCAACCAUCACCAUUUACUUCCACCCAGCGAGAUCGCAGGGUAGCAUGUACAAGGCGCUGAUAUGCGCCUUCGUCGCAUUCCUUUUUGCGACAUUUCUGUCCUUGGCGAGUAUGUGGGUGACCAUCACCUUUCAUAGAAAGCAUGACUUGAUUGAGAUAGGGCAUGCAGUGGUGCUGGUCGUCUUCGUCAUGGGUGGUUUCGGAUUUAUUGGAUGGAUCAAACAGAGAUUACAAGACCCGCUCGUUAAUGUCGCAUGCUCUUUGGCUUCUUUGGCCUCGAUUCUGGUCAUUACGAAAGAAGGUGCUGUACAAGCAGGUGACCUUUCCUUCACAAAAAUUUCCCAGAUACUCAGGAUGCUGCUUCUGGGGAUUGGUGUUUCAACGGCCGUUUCUUUGUCAAUAAUACCCGUAUCUGCCCGGAAAAAGUUUCGCCGGGAAAUCUCUACUUCGACGGGUACAAUAUCAAUGAUGUUGAUGAGUAUUACGGAGAGUUUUCUCCGCGGUACAGACCGUGGACUCAAGACAGCCGACUUUGCCCACAUGUCUGCGCAACACGACAAACUGAUUGGUCAGUUGAACAACUUACUAGGCGAGACAAAAUUUGAGCACUACGCGGCUGGGACGAAGCGAGAGCGUUUCCUGGAGAAAAGCCUUGUGUGUUCCAUGCAAGAUAUUACCCACAGUCUAGGGAGCCUACGCAGCGUGGUGGCUUUGCAGUCCGAACUACUUGCACAGACGAAACACACAGAAACGUCGCAGCUCCCAAAAACGUUAGGCCACUUCUCCAAUCUUGCCCUAUCCGAAACUUCGAGGCUAGCUAGCGAGUCGCCCGUUGUCGCGCGGAUAGAUACACAAAAUAUCGAUAAUGAAUCUUCAGCUUUGAUUUCACAGGCCGCACAGCAAUCCUCUUCAAUCCUGUCUCCUGCUGAAAUUAUUGAGCAACUAAAGUCUCGCCUCGGGACGUCCAUUCUAUCGCUUGCCAUUACCCUAAAAUUGACAUUCGAAGAAGUUUCUUCAGGACCUGCGCCCGAUUAUCGUUUUUCAAUAAGCGAAGGAGUGAUGUCCCGCAUCGAUGAAGCAAUAGACCUAUACCGAGAAACUCGGCUUACUGUCUUUCAUUCGCUUCGGCGUGAUUGGCUGAUGAUUUGUCCGGCUCAGUUGUACAAGGCCAGCCUUGAGGAAAUUUUCGCUAGUUGCGAGUAUUUUUCUGUCGGCUUGCUCGAGCUGAGCGAGCAGCUACGAAAGCUGCUAUUGGUGUUGGAGGAACUGCAGGUUGAGAUUGACGAAAGACCCACCGGAAAGUCGUGGAAGUGGCUGCGUCUUUCGUGGUGGCAGGCUCGUCGGGAACAAGUCACACAAGCUUUAGAUGAAGCGCCUUCGUCAGAACACCACCGUGCUGGUGUCAACAUUGGAACCUCUUCACGAACGCCCAAUACCAGUGAUCAAACUCUAGACCUACAUCAAGCGUGGACACGUCAAAAACGUAUUAACAAUGAUCCUGUGAGGCUGUUUGAUUUCCUACGAAAGGACGAGAUCAAGUUUGCUCUGAAAGUAGGUAUUGGAGCGGCGCUCUAUGCCCUACCUUCCUUCAUAUCUGUGACAAGACCACUUUAUCUAUCGUGGAGGGGAGAAUGGGGCCUUAUCUCGUACAUGUUGGUGUGCUCCAUGACCAUUGGUGCAUCAAACACCACUGGAUUUGCUCGCUUCCUCGGUACAUGUCUCGGGGGCCUUUGCUCGAUCGGUGCUUGGUACCUUGCAGGAAGCGAUGCUCUCAAGCUCGUGUUGAUUGGCUUUGUCAUGGCCAUCGGGCCCUUCUACGUGAUUCUCGUCAAAGGGCAAGGGCCCAUGGGCCGAUUCAUCCUACUCACCUACAAUCUUUCUGUACUUUACGCUUUCUCACACUCACAAGUCGAUAUUAAUGACCCAAAUGACGAAGCUGAACAUCUGGAUAUCACCUCGAUCGUUGUCCGCCGAGUAGUCUCCGUCAUUUCCGGAAACAUUUGGGGCAUCAUCAUUACGCGAGGCAUAUGGCCCAUCCGCGCACGAACAAAACUAGACGAAUCCCUGCAAUCGCUUUGGCUCAAGCUGGCUCUGAUUUGGGAAUCGGACCCAUUGAAUACCAUAUUAAGGGGAGACGCACAAAUGCCUGUUCUUUACAUGCACCCUCACGAAAAGGCCAAGGUUGAACACAUCCUCUCUCAGCUUGAGCCAAUGCAAACGUCUGCGCGCUCUGAAUUCGAAUUUGGAUAUCAAUUUCCAGAUGCUGGCUACAGCAACUUAAUCCGCCGGACGAGAGACAUUGUGGACAACAUUCAUUCUAUGGACUUGGUAUUAUCUGGUCUCGCUACACCUUCAGAAGGGCAGGUUUCACUUUUGCGGCAUACUGCCACUGCUAGACAGAAAAUGUCUGAGUGCAUCGGUAAUCUGCUUACCACUGUAGCUUCAGUUUUAGAGCUUGGACAUACGUUCGGCGAUUCUUCUCACAAUUUUGAUCAGCUCCAUGACGAGCUUCUGGUACAGAUUUCUCGAUAUCGUCAAGAUAAAAGAUUGUCUUGCGCGACGGAUGAUGAAGACUAUGUCUUGCUCUACGCUUACAUCACUAUCAGCCGCCAGUUGUCAAAUGAGGUGGUUCAAAUCACUAAGGAGAUGGGUCGCAUCUUCCCGGCCUCGGAUGGAGAUCUAAUUGGUACCAUUAGAGUUUGA